UUGCCGUGUUUAGCUUUGACUACUGAUCUUAAUCAUUGUUUAAAAGGUGAGUCUCAAUUGGGAUUGAAGCUCGUUUCCAGAAAAGCAGCAAAAGGAUUCAACUUGAUACCGUGUCAGCUGCUCCAUCGUGAUCACGAGUCUAGAGAUGCCCGAUUCUGCUACACUUUGCCCAUUCACGGAUGUCCCAAGCUUGUUUUAACUCAGAGAAUGGAUGAUAAUGCCGACCUCAGUGAUUUUGAGAUUUGUAAUAGACACAACAUUGACAAUACUGGACUUGUCUGUCAGUGGCCAUCUGAAGAUGUCCUUGCCUAUUUUUCUUUAUCUCAUGCAGAUAUGUUCAGGUCUAAAAGAGUCAUCGAGCUUGGAUCAGGUUACGGCUUAGCUGGAUUAGCCAUUGCUGCAGCCACAGAGGCAUUAGAAGUAGUGAUUUCUGAUGGAAAUCCUCAAGUGGUUGAUUAUAUUCUGUAUAAUAUCAACACAAACUCCAAAGCAUUUGAUGAAACAAGAGUGAAGUCCAUGCAAUUGCACUGGAAUCAGAAAGAAGUUUCAAAUCUCUCACACACUUUUGACGUCGUCGUUGCAAGUGAUUGCACCUUUUUCAAGGAGUUCCACAAAGAUCUUGCUCGAAUAACUGAGCUCCUGUUGAAAAAAGAGGGGCACUCUGAAGCUAUAUUUUUCAGCCCAAAAAGAGGCAACUCACUCGAUAAGUUUCUGGAGGAAAUCGAGGGGAAAGACUUGCUUUUCAGUAUAACAGAGAUCUACGACGCUGAAAUUUGGAAGCAUCAUCAACGGUUCAUGAAUGGAGACGAGUCUUGGCCUGGCUACGAAAAAGAUCAUUGUUAUCCAUUAUUAAUACGAAUCACCAGAUAAACAGCAGUGGCCGUAUUCAUCCCAUCACCUACACAUUCCGGUUGAUACCAUGUGGUGGGCAGAUAUGUGCACUAUUGUUGUCAUCUUUAAAGAGAACAUGACUCACAUGUACAUGCACUUGCCAAAUCAACUUCUAUUGCUAUUUUUUCAUUUCAUUAUGUAGGGAACGGAAAGAGUACUUGUGAUGUUUUUUCCCCCUUUAAUUUAUCCUUGUCAUAGUGACUUCCCUGUUAAUGAAACAUGGAUGAUUGCACUGAAACUUAGCAUGAAA